GAGUAUCUGAAAGAAGAAGGAAUUCUGAGUUCAGAAGCUGUGAGGAUGAUUGGAGACCUGCUUGACGAACAGAGCCUUAUGCACACAGCGCUGACUGAGACGAUCUAUCUUCAGAAUGAAAUCAAUGACACCAUGACGUACUAUGAAGUGACUGGUGGAUCAGACCUUCUCCCUCAAGCUUUUCUCAAAGUCCUUGAUGUCCCCAUCCUCCUCAACUCCCCAGUUAAGAGCAUCAGCCAGUUAGAUAAUGGUGUAAUUGUAUGGUACCAGACCUCAGAUCCUAGCCAACAGCCCUCUUUUACUCACCUUCCAGCUGACAUUGUCCUGGUAACAACCACAGCGAAAGCAGCCCUCUUCAUGGACUUCCAUCCACCUCUAUCCAUCCAAAAGAUGGAGGCCCUAAGGGGGGUCCACUAUGUGAGCUCUACUAAAAUCAUCCUCACCUUCAGCGAGAAAUUCUGGGAGAAGAACGGCCUCGGAGGAAAGAGCAUCACUGACGGUCCCUCUCGUUUCAUCUACUACCCAAGCCACAAUUUCCCAAACAAUAAGAGCAUCGGCGUCCUCCUGGCUUCCUACACCUGGGCUGAUGACUCCCUCCUCUUCCAGGGAGCGAGCGAUGAAGCCCUGAAAGAGCUGGUUCUGAGAGAUUUGUCAAAGAUCCACGGCGACGAUGUUAGGUCUCUUUGCACAGGGGUGGUGGUAAAGAAGUGGACCUUGGAUCCUUACAGUUUGGGGGCCUUCGCUCUCUUCACGCCCUACCAACAUUUAGAGUACGCUGAGGAGCUCUUCAGAAGUGAAGGCCGGGUGCACUUUGCUGGUGAACACACAGCCUUCCCUCACGCUUGGAUGGAGACAUCUAUGAAAUCUGCAAUCAGGGCUGCUAUCAACAUUAACAAUGUGGCGCUCAAAGACUCAGCUAAAUUUCCAAGAGGAGAUGAGCUCUAGAGUCUGAAGAAUUGAUUUAGUAUUAUGGUAUAAAAUAAAAAGAAUACCAAAAGCUGUAAUAUCUCUAGUUAAUGCCACAGAAAUCUGAUAUGUUAAAUACCACUUUAAUUGACUUAAGUGUACACAAAGAGAAAAAAAAUACUUCAAAAGUAGAUUGAAAAGAAAUUAUUCCUAUACUUUACAUUGACUAAACACUUUUUCCCCCUCUGCCCGACCGUGAGCUGUACUUGCAGGGUUGCAAGAAAUUGGAGCCUAUCCCAGUGCAGAUUGCCACUAUAUAAGAGCACUGACAACCAUUUAUGUUAAUAUUCACACAUACAGACAAUUUACAGUCAGCGUUUAACCUAACCUGUACGUCUUUAGACAGUGGGAGGGAGAACACCAGAGCAAGAAAGGACCCAACCAGCCAAUGGAUUUGAAUUCAAAGUGGCAGCUGAUUCAUUUUUAUUUCUUUUCUUGCCUUGGUUUUCCACCCCAACAUUUCUGUAUUAUACAUAAUAAUUCAAUGGUUGUGGCUGUGAUCUUUGACUCUACCUAACCUCACAGAAAUAAAACUA